GAAGUCGAGGAAACAGUUUGAAAACGCAGAGUUCGUUGAGCAUUCGCUAUACAGGCCGAACUGCGAAUAGAACCAUGACAUUUGCGAAAGUCUUGCUAGUGGCUAGCCUAAUCGGGAUUUCCCUGCGCGAGGCUCACUCCCACGGGAUGAUGAUGGACCCUGUUCAAAGGAGCAGCGCUUGGAGGAAGGGAUUCCAUGUUGAUCCCAAUUACACCGACAACCAGCUGUUCUGCGGAGGACUGACUGUUCAAUUCCAGCAAAAUGGUGGAAAAUGUGGCGAAUGCGGUGACGAUUACGCCCUUCCCCGACCCAGACCCAACGAAAAUGGAGGCAUUUAUGGAACCGGCGUGAUCGUCAAGAAGUACAAACGCGGCGAGACCAUUAACAUAAACGUGAAACUGACCGCCAACCACCUGGGAACCUUCACGUUCCAUUUGUGCCCACUGACGCGGUCCAACGAACUCGAGACCGAGGACUGCUUCAAUAGGAACCCAAUCCAAUUGGCGGAUGGCUCUUAUACCGUGGCUGUGCCAUCAGGUAAAAUGGAGUACAACGUGGCCGCUCGCUUGCCGGAGAACGUCACGUGCGAGCACUGCGUGCUCAGGUGGAAUUACCGUAGCGGAAACAACUGGGGCGAAUGCGACGAUGGCCACUCUGCUUUGGGCUGUGGCCCUCAAGAAACCUUCAGAAACUGCGCCGACAUCGCUAUCCUAUAAAACCCUCUUCUUCACCUUCUUCUUCUAUUCUUUCCUUCUAUACUGCGUUGGAAUAAUCGUGUAGAAACGUACGGAGAAAUUACGAGCGUGAAAUUGUCGCGAACAACCGACAGCUAUUUCGAUGCUGUUAAAUAAACUGCGCGUAAUUCGGUAGCCGUAAUUGCGUCGUUAACGACGCCGCCGCGCGAAACGUAAAUUCACGGGGCAACGAUAAUUGCGAGAACCCAGACCGCCGGUAAAUUCGAUCGCGGCACAAUUACCGUAUUCGUUGCAGUUCGAUAGAACCGUCUCGGUGAUCUGUGUUCGAUUUCAAUCUGGCUCGGCAUGACGUUGCGCGACAGGUCGUUUUCCUCCUAGCCAACCACCUCCAGCCACUAAACGCGAUCCUAAAAAUUUAAAUAAAUUGAAAUUGAGAGUAUAAGUUUCAUCUUACUCGUCGCGUUACGCUUUCCCAUCGUCUUUUAUUGCGUUUGUGAUAACAAAUUUUUAAAAGUUCAGGGAAUCGUCUUUCCUUGUGAGCCGAGUUACCAAGCGAACGUGGUAUAAUAAUACGAAGCAAUCACGUUUUCGAUAGGGAGCGAAAUCUGACUUGGAAUUUGCUUUGGUCAAAGGUAACGUUAAUGAUAAAAAAAAAAAAAAAAGUUGAAUUAUUCUACGAGCUACGUGGACGUAACGGAUAACGUCUCGCGGGGGACCAGACGGGUAAUUAGAAUUCAGUGACACCACACUGGUGAAGAAUACGUAAUACGUUUCAUUGCUGUGCCAGCGGCUCUCGAAGAAUGGAUAGGGUGUAACGAUGACUAACGCCGCGUUUCGUAAACGAGAAUAGAUGUCUUGAAUCGUGUCAGAUGUGCGAGCACAGGUGUCCAAACGAUGGAUUAUCUAAAUACAGAGUCACCUAUAGUUCCCAGAAGCUAAGUGAAUUUCUUUGAAGUGAUCUAUUUUUAGUGUUAAAUCGAGACCUUGUUAAAGGAAAGUCGAACGAAAAAAGAGCGCAAACUUGUUGAUCAUUGGGUGGAUUUUUUCUAGGAUUUCUACCAUUUCUUCCAUAGUUACUAUCGAGGACGUCCUCAAGGAUUAGUAUAGAGGGUGACUCACUCCAAACGGAAGUUGGAAUUCCCUGGAAUUCGAUCGAUUUUAAGCAGGACCGAUUCGACAUGUUCGAAUUGACGCGACGGGGUUAUUAAUUCGCACUUGUAUUGCUAUUUCAAGGCGAAACUGUUGCACCGCGACUGAAACGAUUGUGUGUUAAUUGGUUCGUUAAAGAAGCGUCUGCCGUGACAGGAAUAACCAUGAGGCUCAAGAAAGGACUUUAAAUCGUCUGGAAUUUCCUUGCGCUAUAUUUCGUAAGGAGAAAUUGGAACAGAGGAUUUCUACACGGACGUUCUCGCAAUUUUCCAGGUCUCCAUUUGAAUAAAUGAAGAUUAAUAUGAGAAGAGCGAUUGUCCCAUUACUUGAUAAUUCCGCUAUCUGAACAGAUGCUCCCCUUGAUUCAGUAAAAAGCAGAAUAGCAUUUAUAAGAGUAUUUUAAGAGCUGUAUAUAAUGACUAGACUGCGGAUCUUUAUGCAAAAUAAAAUCUUCGCGAGCGUGCCUACAAAAAUUCAACCUAAAUAGCAAUUUACUUUAUUCUGCAAAUAUUGUAACAUGUUACAAUAACGCGUACCAAUAAAUCCAAAUUUUACGA